UGACUGUCAAAUGUUGACGCUUGCUACGAGGCGAGACUGAGGUCUGCCCUGACAGUCCUGCCCAAAACUUCUUCAUCAACGGGAAAGUAAAAUACAGAUAUAAGUGUCGCAAGCGGUUGUCAUUCAACCCUGCAUGGAAUAAACAGAAAAAGAUUGAUAGAAGCGGCAAGGUAGCUAGCUAGCUGGCAUGUCACUGACCGUGCUUGGGGGCUAUGCACAACGUUAGCUUACAGUACCUAGCUAGCUUGCUAACGUUGUUGAAUGGCAUGCUAGUAGGCAAUAGCACUGGGCAUAUUCUUCUUUAGCAUGUGGUUUAGCUAACGGCAGUAUCUUUCUUGCCCAAUGUGGGGACGAAAGAGACAGCUGGGACAUUGGCAGAAAGCUUGGCUAGCUGCAGUAGCUAACCAAGAACUGGUAUUGUGCCGCAGAUCCAGUUUCACCAAUGGCAGUUCUCAUCGCGGAGGACGCAAUGACACCAGACGAGGAGCCGCGGGGUGACUGACAGUCUUCAGGAACCCGACCAUCGAAGUAGCUAGCUACUACUGCUGACAAUCUGGGAACAUGGACAAUUUUUCCAAAUGCAUCCAGAGAAAUAUCUCUCCCAGUGGAUCAGAAUGUAAUGCAAGAAGGACGGAUCAUGUAGAAAAGCUUUCCAGGCAGACCAGGGCAUGUAAUGAACGGGAACCGCACACAUCAUGCCAACAUAACACGCAACGCAUUGAACCAGAAGGAAGCAUGACAGCAAAUUAACGUUUAUUUUAUCUUUGUAUUUAUUUUGCUGAACAACAUUUGGUUUAGUCUGGCUAUCACCACUGGUUCCCAGAUUUCAUGUAGUAGUUCUAUCAACCGAUGUCUGAGAUCAGUCAGAAUUUAGAUUUCAUGAUGACGGUGGAGGGUUCCACAAUAAAGAGUCGGAUCAAAAAUCUUCUCCGCUCGCCAUCUAUCAAAUUGAGAAGGAAUAAAGAUCGGAACCAUAAAGAGAAUCUCAGUAACAAGGUCACAUUAGAGAAGGUACUGGGGAUCACAGCAUUUGGGAACCGUGCUUUGGCCUGCGACCCUCGCUCCGGACUAGUGGCCUACCCAGCUGGAUGUGUGGUGGUGCUGCUGAACCCCAAGAAGAACAAACAGCAUCACAUCCUCAACAGCUCCAGGAAAACCAUCACCACUCUGUCAUUUUCCCCUGAUGGCAAAUAUGUGGUCACAGGAGAGAGUGGGCACAUGCCUGCUGUGCGGGUGUGGGACGUUGCAGAGCGGACUCAGGUGGCCGAGCUACAGGAGCAUAAGUACGGCAUCUCCUGCGUGGCCUUCAGCCCUAACAGCAAGUACAUCGUCAGCGUGGGAUACCAGCAUGACAUGAUCGUCAAUGUCUGGGCCUGGAAGAAAAACAUUGUGGUGGCAGCCAACAAAGUCUCCAGUAAAGUGACGGCCGUGUCCUUCUCAGACGACAGCUCCUACUUUGUCACGGCAGGGAACAGGCACGUCAAGUUCUGGUACCUGGAUCACACCAAAUCCUCCAAGGUGAACGCCACAGUUCCUCUGCUGGGUCGCUCAGGGCUCCUGGGAGAGUUGAGGAACAACUUCUUCUCUGACGUGGCAUGUGGGAAGGGUCGUAAAGCUGGCAGCACCUUCUGCAUCACUUCCUCAGGCCUGCUCUGCGAGUUCAAUGAGAAACGCCUGCUGGACAAAUGGGUGGAGCUAAGGACAUCUCAGGCCACGUCUCUGUCUGUGACAGAGGAGCUGAUCUUCUGUGGCUGUGCAGACGGCACUGUGAGGGUCUUCAGCCCUGUCAACCUGCACUUCAUCUGUACCCUGCCACGCCCACACUGCCUGGGAACAGACAUCGCCACCGUGGUGGAGGCUAGCCACCUCUUCAGCCACAAGAUGGACGCCCGGUACCCUGACACAGUGGCUGUAUCAUAUGACCCUGCGAGCCGCUGGCUGUCCUGUGUCUACAAUGACCACAGCCUGUACGUGUGGGACGUACGGGACCUCAGGAAAGUGGGCAAGGUCUACUCCGCCCUCUACCACUCGGCUUGCGUGUGGAGCGUCGAGGUGUACCCGGACAGGGUAAGUGAUGGUGAGCAGCCCUGUCUGCCUCCAGGCUCCUUCCUCAGCUGCUCCUCAGACAACACCAUCCGUCUCUGGAACACUGACGGUCACAGCACCACCCUCAGCCGCAACGUCAUCAGCAACGACCUCCAGAAGAUCAUCUACAUGGACAACAACACGGCCGGCCUGCUGGACACAGAGUGCCUCAACUCGGGGAACGGAGAGAAGGCCGACCCCCAGACCUCAGAGACUAGGACGGGCAUCAGGACCAUGUGUGUGAGCCCCGACGGGCAGCACCUGGCGUCGGGCGACCGCACCGGCACCUUGAGAAUCCAUGAGCUGGUGAGCAUGGAGGAGAUUCUGAACGUUCAGGCCCACGACUCUGAGAUCCUUUGUCUGGAAUACUCCAAGCCUGAGACGGGUCUGAAGCUACUAGCCACAGCUAGUCGAGACCGUCUGAUCCAUGUGCUGGAUGCAGAGCAGGAGUACAGCCUGCUGCAGACGCUGGACGAACACUCCUCAUCCAUCACCGCCGUCCGAUUCGCUGCCAAUGACGGCAAGGUGAGGAUGAUCAGCUGUGGCGCUGACAAGAGCAUCUACUUCCGCACAGCGCAGAAGUCAGAUGAAGGAACAGUGUUUACCCGCACCCACCACAUCGUACGCAAGACGACGCUGUAUGACAUGGAUAUCGACCCCACCAGGAAGUACGCCGCUAUUGGUUGUCAAGACCGCAGCGUUAGAAUCUUCAACAUCAGUAACGGCAAACAGAAGAAACUGUACAAGGGCUCCCAAGGAGAGGAUGGCACUGUUAUCAAGGUUCAGACCGACCCCUCAGGACUGUAUGUGGCCACCAGCUGCUCAGACAAGAACAUCAGCAUCUUUGACUUCUACUCUGGAGAGUGUGUGGCCACCAUGUUCGGACACUCUGAGGUUGUGACUGGAAUGAAGUUCACCAAUGACUGCAAGCACAUGAUAACUGUGUCUGGUGACAGCUGCAUCUUUGUGUGGCGUCUGGCCCCGGAGCUCACCAUCGGUAUGAGACAGCGUCUGUCAGACCUCAAACAGAGUGGCAAGCCAGUUCAGAAGACACCACCUCACAAACCUUGCAAUCUCAGCACCAGGAGAGAGGUGCACAGAACCCCUCCCAUAGUCACCAUGUCCUCUGACAGCGACAAAGAGGUGGAGGAGGAGGAGGGGAUAGAGGAGGAGGAGGAGGAUGAGGAAGAGAUGAUCUCUCCUUACAUGGUGUCAGGCUGCAGUGCAGAGGAAGAGACAGACACCUCAGACGAAAAGCACAACUCUCUUAACUCUCACGGCAGAGAACUGAAAAGGGAGAGCUCUUUUGGCAGGCGUUCCUCCCAGGGCAAUCAUCACUGUGAGGAAAGGGGUCCCCGUCCGCGGCGCCGCUGGUCCAGAGGCAUGGUCAGCAUGGAGCUGAUGGUCAAGUCCAUGUUGGACCUCAGACAGCUGGAUUCCUUCGCCAUGCCCCCCUCCUCCCCCAACAAGACCAAGACCCAGCCUGAUGCUUUCAGAGACCCAUUCAGGGAGGACGAACUGGGCAGCACCAUCAGCCUGCAACCCCUUACUGCAUGGGGGGAUGAGUCUGAGCAGAGGUCCCAGCAGCGACCCCACUACAUCAUGUUCUCUCCACAGACCCCAGAGACAGGCUCAGUGCUCUACCCCGAGGGCUGUGAGGACAGGGUCAGCUUAGCUGGCAGUGAGUACCUAGUGAAAGAGCUACUGCCCGGGCCUGAGACCAGCAGGAGUGUGAAGGGGUGCCAGAACCACAGCCAGUGGAGCCAGGGCCACCAUGACAAACACAGCCCAGACAGCGCCUGCUCUGUGGACUACUCCAGCAGCAGACGGUCCAGCCCAGACAGCCAGCAGCAGCCUCCUGGAGAGAACUCUGAGCCCACAGAGCCUCUCAGUGUGGAUGGGAACUCCUCUGAAUUGGACAUGGAGGAACUGGAGGAGGAAGAGGAGAGGGGCGUAGGGAGGGGAGAGGCCAAGGGGACAAUAGUAGUACCUAAGACCCCUGACCAGGAGGCCUUCCUCAAACAGCACUUUGGCAACCUGGCUGAGCUUAAAAACCCAGUGAGCCCGACCAGAGUUGUCACCCCGGACAGUGUCAGCAUCUCCUCCAAGUUCCUGUCCCAAUGCUCUCCUGGAAGCAGGACGGCCUUUCCAUUCCCCUCGAAGAGCGGUGUUGAGGGGAAGGUAGCCAGUGGUGUGGUGAGGCCCCUGGUCUCUGAGGUGAGGCCCCUCAUGGAGCACAACCAGGGCCAGAGCCACAACCAGGGUCAGAGCCAAGGCCACAACCAAGGCCACAACCAGGGCCAGGACCAGAGCCAAGACCACAGCCAGGACCAGAGCCACAGCCACGACCAGAGCCACAGCCAGGGCCAGAGCCACAACCAGGACCAGAGCCACAACCAGGACCAGAGCCAAGGCCACAACCAGGACCAGAGCCACGACCACAGCCAGGGCCAGAGCCACAGCCAGGGCCAGAGCCACAGCCAGGACCAGAGCCACAGCCAGGACCAGAGCCAAGGCCACAGCCAGAGCCACAGCCAGGACCAGAGCCAAGAACACAGCCAGGACCAGAGCCACAGCCAGGGCCAGAGCCACAGCCAGGACCAGAGCCACAGCCAGAACCAGAGCCACAGCCAGGACCAGAGCCAAGGCCACAGCCAGGGCCAGAGCCACAGCCAGGGCCAGGGCCAGAUCCACAGCCAGGGCCAGAGCCACAACCAGGACCAGAGCCACAGCCAGAGCCACAGCCAGGGCCAGAGCCAACUCCACAGCCAAGGCCACAGCCAGAGCCACGACCAGGGCCAGAGCCACAGCCAGGGCCAGAGCCACAGCCAGGGCCAGAGCCACAACCAGGGCCAGAGCCACAACCAGGGCCAGAGCCACAGCCGGAGGAAGGGCUCAGAAGAAUCUCAGAAGGGCACUACCGCGAGACUAGAAGUAGUGGACACUAUGGAGAAGGGUCUGAAUCUCCGGGCCUCUCCUCUGAGGAAGAAGCUUUUUAACCCUGCAGUGGACUCCCGUAGGAUAGUCAGCCCUGUGGCCAAGGCUGCAGCAUCACACCUCACCUCUACAGGCAUGAGGAAGUCCCAGUCAGUCCAGAACCUGCACACUGAGGAAAUGCCUCUGAGCCUGUCUCGGCCCUCCAAGGAGGUAGCCCCUCAGCCCCAUCACUCCCAGUCUCAUCAAUCCCAGGCCAACGAGCGUCCAGUGACCCUCCCCACAACCCCCCGCCGCACCCUGCCCAGCGUGCCCCCCCUCUGCAGCCCCACCUCCCCACAACCCCGGGACAUCACCAGUAGCAGUCACGGCACUGCCCCCACGCCCAGGAGCAUCAAAUCCCGCUGCUCCUACAUGAGCCCCACCACCAGCUCCAUGGCCAAGAUGUCCCGCUCCAUGUCCAUGGGAGACAGCCUAAACGUGGCCGAGGAAGAGUCUGAGUCUACAGAGUCACGCAGGGGGUCCAGCUCUGACACGUCAAACGCUCCCACCAAGAGCCGGAGCUGCUCCUCCCAGAGCUCCCAGAGUCUUAGUACUAAACCGUCUACCCCCGUGGCCGUUGUCUCUUCCACCUUAUCCUCCUCCUCCCCUUUGGCGUUGGGUUUAGCCAUGCCCCAGGCUGCAGUUAUCCCCACCCUCAUCACUAGCUCUCCAAGCAACUCCAACCCCAGCCCAACCACCAAGAGUCUGCAGGCUAAGCUGAUGUGCAGCACCCGGCCCCAGCUCAACCUGGACAUCUCCAAGCCCCUCCCAGACAAGCCCUCCCUGGCGGCCUUCACUCCGAACAGUACCUCCAAGACCGCCGCCUCCUCCAAAACUGUCAAAGAGGACACCAACCUCUCUUCCAGAUCUCCAGUCAGCUUGUUACCUCACCAGGGCCAGACUCAUCCAGUGCUCACCAACAAAGUCCAGCUAGUCACUGCACUGUCCCUCUCCCCAGCCGCUCCUGUGGAGACUAGCCCAGCUCGGAGUCCUGAGGCAGAGCAGCGGUUUCUCACCACGGAGCUGCGUCCUGAGGCCCCCGUGUUAGACAACAGGCUAGAACAGCCAAAGAUGGAGGAGAGCCAGGGCCUGACUCAGGAGAAGAGUCCCGCGAUGGAGGUGUCUCUACAGGGCAGUCCCGUAUACCUGCUGUCAUCUGGAGGUCCCGGCCAGGACCGUGCAGGUUUGCUCCAGCGAUCUCCCUCCUUCAUCCUGUCAUCUCUGCGUCUGGGCAUGCCCCUGGCCAACACCAAGCACUUUUUUACUACUGGUGCCGUGUGGCCUACCGUCUCAGUCUCCACCCCCAUAUACUCUGCACCUUCACCCUGUCCUCCGUCACUUAAUCAUUUCCUCCUGACGGACGGUUCUCUCAGUAUGGAGUCGUGCAGGGUGGUGGCCAGCGAUCUACAGAACACCUUUAGGAAGGCCUCCCAGCUCUACAGAAUGGUGAACAGUGUGCCUGUAGACUCCAGGCAGGAGCACCAUGAGAUGGCCCAGGUCCUGUCUGAGGCCUUUGAGGUGGUGAGGGCCGAGCUGAGCUCCCUGCCCCAGAGCUCACCCCCAUCCCCCUCUGGAGGACCUGCAGCAGGAGGCUCCCUGUGUACAGUGGGCUGCCGGCCCGUAGGACCAGUAGAACCAGGGACGGGGAGAUUAGCCUCAGGGGAGGAGAGGACUCUGGCUCUGCUGGAGCAGUACUCUGAGCUCCUCCUUCAAGCCGUGGAGAAGAGGCUGGACAACAAGCAGCUCUCCUAAAUACUCCUCUUCUUUCACACCCUUCCUUGAAGACUGAACCAACCAACCCUCUUGCAAAUGUAGGAUCGUAAGCCAUUGUGCAAGGAUAUCUGCAGACUACAGUACUUCUUUUUAUUUCAUUUCUUUCUCGACACGUUUUUAAAAUGAACAGAUUAAAAUAUUCCUGAAGGAUGCCUGUACAUAUUUUUUAGAAGUUCUUUUUUCUUUUUAAGCACUACUCUCUCUUUCUCUCUGCUGCACCCUCUGGGUGGUCCCCUCUAUCCCUGUCAGAUCUCUGUAGGCCUAGGAGGGUUUGGGAGGGUUGUACUCAGCACAAUGGCCCACAGAUACUGAUACUGUAGGGAGACUCCUCAGGAUGAUCAAUGCCUCAGCAUUCAUUCCCAGUGUGGCUGACCUGCACUACAGACCGUCAUUCAUCACCCUUCCUCCCUCUAAUAUAUUGUGUGCUACCUACAGUACCUACCAGACACCUGCACUCUCACGACCACUGGUUUUGUUUACCCCUGUUGCCAAAUAUUGUGCCCUGCUACUUUGUUUUAAUGAAGUUGUUGUUAUGGAAAUGCCGGAUGCCCUAGAGUUGCUGCGUUGGCGUAGCGUAGUUUUGCGGGCCCCUCUUGCAAGGUGUCCCCACAGAAAGAAAAAUGUGCAGUUUUGUAGCUUAUCUCAUGCUCUUUGACACAUAUUGCCAUGAGGCUGAGAGAAAAUGUUGAUGUUUUAGAGCUCAGGCAUUCUUGAAAGAUGGGACAAUGGGACAAUCUCAACUUUUUUCCCACAAAUAUUUGUCUUAAUAUUAACAAAAGUUGAAAUCUAUAUUUUGAUAGACCAAAGUACCAGCUAUCACACCAUGUAAAGGAAGAAGCAACUUCCAAACUUAUUUUUGUUUUGUUUUAUAUUACUCCCGAGUGGUGCAGCGGUCUAAGGCACUGCAUCUCAGUGCUAGAGGCGUCACUACAGACCCUGGUUCGAUUCCAGGCUGUAUCACAACUGGCCGUGAU